GCAUGGCAUGCCCUCGCUUUGUUUUUAUACAAGGGCCUAGCCUCAAGGCAGGUCAUGUGGCCAUAGCUUCUGCACAGAGUUUGCAUGGUUUCAUGUUAUGCUACAUCCAUGCAAUGAUGCGUGUGUGCGUGGGGGGGGGGUGGGGCAACACAACAGUUGGCGGUUGGGAAUUCCUAAUAAUGGCCUUAAGUAGGCUAGUCAUGAUGGUGUGAAGAAUCAUGAAUGUUUCCUACCUCCAUGAUCUGAUGGAUAAGAGGAUUGCUUGACAUAUCCGCAAAGAUCUGCCAGAAAAACAAUGUGACCUAUUUUCCUAAAAUAAUGAACUUCAUGGCUUCCACUCAAAGUGGCUCUGCAUCUCAGAUGGAUUGCAAAGCAGAGGCAAAAGAAGCUGAGCUGAUGAAACUUUCUGGCUCACCUAUAGGUUUUAUUCAGUCAUGCUUCAAGAGUAAGAAUGGAACACCCCGCCAACCAUCUGUCUGUGCAUUUUCAAGAGCCAAGUUGAGAGUAUUAAAGGAGGUCUUUCCCAAUCCGGAGCAUUCCAUUCAGGGUUUGGCCGAAUUUUCCCAUGUUUGGAUUUUGUUUAUCUUUCACAAGAAUGGUGACAGGAAAUUCACAAAAGCAAAAGUGAAACCACCUCGUUUGGAUGGAGAUAAGGUUGGAGUGUUUGCAACUCGUAGUCCACAUCGUCCCAAUCCUAUAGGACUGACCUUAGCCAAACUGGACAGAAUUGAAGGUAACACUUUGCAUCUAUCUGGUGUUGAUAUCAUCGAUGGCACGCCAGUUCUUGACAUCAAGCCAUAUGUACCCUCAUAUGACAAUCCUGACAGGAUUCAUCACCAUCAGACACCAUCUUUGAACCCAUGCCAUGUGCUCGAUUUCACUGACUUGGGUCCUUCAGAUCCAAUGCUGAGGGAUAACCGAGAUACUAGUGAUGCAGCAUGUUCUGUAAAUGAAAAAAAAGUCUCCAGAGAGAACUUAGUGUCAGUGCUAAAUCAAAAAUCAACUUGCCAUCCAAAUGAUACUUUGUUGAGAAGUCAAAGCAGAGCGACUGAGUCAAAGGUAACCUUAGACAGUCAUGCCCAGAGGCAUGCUUCUGAUUUACAGCAUGUGGAGACUGCAGGCGGCUCUUUACUGGGAGAGAGGAGUGAUGAAUGUUCACAAAGUUCACAGGUCGGAGUUGCUGAUUGGAUCAACAGUCCACCAAUCACAUCACUUGAAGUGAGGUUCACUACUCAUGCUGAAACAGAACUUGAAAAGUUUCAGAAAGACAGUAGUGAUCCAAGUUACUGCCUGGAACUCCUUCUUGACCAGCAAGAAGCAAAGCAAGCCAUCUGCAAUAUUCUAGAAGCUGAUCCUAGAUCAACAUAUCGUCGAAAUAAUUGCAAAGACAGACUGUAUUUUUUCACAGUUGACACACUUCAUAUAACCUGCUGGUUUGGGGUAAAUUUUGUUGAAGUGGUGCGUAUUCAGCCUGUCAAAUUUGCUGAUGAUUUGUGAUUUGCCAAAAGGGAAUAGAACAGGAACCAUGUCUACAAUAGAAAGAACCAGAGAAAGUCAUGACUGUAUUUUCUAAUGACCCUGUAUAAAUGCAAAUUUCCAAUUUCAGUUUGUACGGUUGGAAUUGGAGACAGCCAAAACAGACACGAGUCUCAAAUUGACGUAUAAUAUUGUGCUAGUCAUCCUGAUUAUGACUAGAGCAGGCUAUUUGUAAUGUAGAAACCAUAUUUUAUUGAGUAACAGUAGCACUGUAUAAGAAGUGCAAGAGUUGGAAAAAGCCCAAAGAAUCAUUCAGUGGGAGUAGAGAAUUGUGAGAAGUGUGAAACAUUCACUCAAUGAGAGUAGAUCACUGUUUGGUAUUUCUGUAAACCACUCUGAACAUCACUGCAUUUUGAGUUGGCUUUUACCCGUUCUUAUUUUUCCCUUGAAGUUCUUUAGAGUGUAUGUUGGCUGUUACAGAGCUUCAGGUUUCAAAUCAAUGGCAUGUGGCAUGAGCUGCCAAUGAAGCGAAACUAACCUCAUUAUGUACU